CGUAUGCCUUUCGGCCUCACCAAUACCCCGACGAUCUUUCAAGCGACCAUGACCAACGAGUUUCGUGCGAUGCUGGACCGGUUCAUACCAGUCUACUUAGACGACAUUCUCGUCUAUAGACGGGCAUUGGAGGAUCAUCUUGAGCACCUUCAACGAGUGUUGGAGACGCUCCGCCGCGCCAAGUACAAAGCCAACCGCGACAAGUGCAAAUUUGUCCGGCAAGAGCUGGAAUACUUGGGCCAUUUUGUCACACCGGAGGGCAUCAGUCCGUUGUCGGACAAGAUUCAAGCCAUUCAAGAGUCGUCAAAACCGAAGACCGCCACAAAUGUCCGUUCCUUCCUUGGCUUAGCCGGCUACUAUCAUCGCUUCAUCAAGGGAUACUUGAAGAUCGUGGCUCCUUUAUCCAAGCCUCAAUGCGAGGACCGGCCAUUCGACUUCGACGACAAUGUGCGGACUUCCUUUUUAGCUCUCAAAGCCGCAUUGCUAUUCGCAGAGGUGUUCAGCAUCUACGAUCUGCUUUUGUCGACACGUGUCACUACCGAUGCGUCCGGCUAUGGCAUUGGUGUCGUCCUCGAGCAACAUGACGGUGUGGACUGGCACCCGAUCGAGUACUUUAGCAAGAAAGUGUCCGCCAUGCACUCGAUUGACGACGCAUGGAAGAAGGAAUUAUUGGCCUUCGUACACGCGCUCAAGCGCUGGCGGCAUUUUCUUCUCAGUCGACGGCAGUUCCAAUGGGUAACGGAUAGCAAUCCCUUGGUCUUCUACAAGACCCAAGACAUGGUCAAUAGCACCAUUGCCCGUUGGAUGGCCUUCAUCAACCAGUUUGAUUUAUUCCCCGACCACAUUCCGGGCAAGUCAAACCGUUUUGCGGAUGCUCUUUCACGGCGUCCGGACCAUUGUACCGCAGUCUACUUAACUUUUGAGAUUAACGACGACUUGCGGGACAGCUUCAUCCGCGGCUACAAAGUCGGCCCCGACUUUUGCGACAAGUACGCAAAUUGCUCCUCUCCUAAUCCGGCGCCAUCGCACUAUCGGAUCCAAGAGGGGUACUUGCUCGUCCACUCACGUGGGAAGGAUCUUCUUUGUGUGCCACGAGAUUUAUACUUGCGCACACGACUUCUCGGCGAGUUCCACGAUGCUCCCGCCACCGGACACUUUGGAGUCAAUCGUACGAUUGGCCGACUCCGCGAGCGCUUUUGGUGGUCCGGCCUUCUCGACGACGUCACACGCUAUUGCGAGUCAUGCGAGCUUUGCCGACGUUGCAAAUCCCGCAAUCAUCGUCCGUACGGCGAGUUGCGACCGUUACCGGUCCCCUUGCGGCGAAGGGAAGCGAUUGCCAUGGACAUUACUGGCCCGUUCCCCAAGCACAAGACUGGAGUGGAUGGGAUUCUCACGGUGGUCGACCGACUCACCAAGUUCGCCAUGUUUUUGCCUUGCCGCUAUCAUGCCAAGGCACCGGAGUUGGCCGAGGUUCUCUACGCCGGUUGGAUUCGAACCAAGGGUUACCCCAAGGAAAUCGUCUGCGACCGCGACACUCGGUUCAUGUCCGAUUUUUGGUUGGCGCUCAUCAAAUGAUGGGGCUCAUCUCUCAAGCCAAGUUCGGCUCACCACCCCCAAAC